UGAAGGACUGCACAUUCAAAUCUGAAUAGUUCACACGGGCUAGAGUAGAGAAGGGAGUGAAGCGAAUCAAGACUGCAUAUCUAUCGUGUCAGCUUCGACGAUCAAAGUACGGUUCAGGCGGAUUAUACAAAUAUACUUACUUCAUUUGGAUUCAUACAAAAUGCUGAUGACGAAACAGAGAAUAGCAGUCGGGGCACUGCUAGUACUAGUCUUUCUCCACUUAAAGCCCGUCACAGGCUCUUAUCCCAGGGCGCAGAAGGUCACCUGGAAAUCCACCAACUUUAAAACCAUUCUGACCUGGGAACCAUUACCAACGGAUUACUCCUACACUGUAGAAUACUCAAUGGUCUCCAGGGACAAACAGAGAAACUCUAAUUGCAUACGUAUCUCGACAACUACGUGUGAUCUGACUGGUUCACUGACGGAUUUAAAUGCCUGCUAUGUAGCCGAUGUCCUUUCUGAACCCCCAUUGGGAGCGGCCUCUGACCUCGUCGAGUUUCCGUACACACGCUCGUCGCGGUUCUGCCCCUUCAAUGACACCGAUAUAGGAAGACCCUCUUUCAAGUUGGAGGUGAGCAACGAUAAAAAGAAGACUACGAUGUAUGUGACUGACCCAUUCACUGCAUUGUUUAAAGAGGGCCACCAGCUAAACAUCAGAGACAUUUUCACAGAGAAUCUUCACUACAAAGUUACAUAUAAUCGAAAUAAAAGCUCUGGCAAGAAAGUUAUCAUCUCAAAGAACAGCAUCAUAGAGCUGACUGAUCUGGAUGAAGGAGAAAGCUACUGUUUUAAUGUGCAGGCCUAUAUUCCGAGCCGCGGCGUCAAUAAACAGCUGGGGGAGUUGAGCCAAACUCAGUGCUCUGAUGGCGAUGACGAAAAAUCCGUCUUUAAAGUUUAUUCAGUCAGUGUGAUCGCAUCUGCCAUUGUCCUCAUCUUGCUGCUGAUCAUCAUAACAGUUGUAAUAAUAGUGUGCUGCAGGCGCAAGAAGAGCACCCUCAAAACUGAAAAAGAAGGAGUCCCACUGCAAAGUAUAUAAAGGCACGUACGCCUUGCUACAUACCAUGGAGAUCGUAUCGCAACAAUUGAGCGAUCAAAAAGUGGCUCGAUCCCUGAACAAUCCUCUAAAUGUCUCAGAAAGGCCAUUUCUGUGUAAAUGAUCGAGGAGAUUCUAGUGCACUUUUUGUGCGAUCAAAGGUGUUUUUUAAGCACGUUCCCCUUCAGAGCAAGGAGGUUGACGACGUCGCUAUCCUGUGAAUUACUACGGUAUGCUGCGCAACAUUUCUCUUCGCCAAUGGGCACAAUAACAACAUUUGACAAGCUGAAAAUAGAAGGAUUUAUUCAUUAGGUGGAUGGCAACGGUUUGCCAAUCUUUGGGCUUAGGAAGAGAGUCAACUUUUGAAUAAGGAUUUAGGUUGAGCUAAAUAAUAAAAAAAAAAAACAUGCGAUGAGAAUGUGUCGUGUGUCUGUUACAUAUAUUGAAUUCAUUUCUUAAAUGUUAAUUCUUUUUAUAUGUAAUAAAGGAACCGAUUCAGGGUGUACCCCACCUACUGCCCAUAGUUAGCUGGGAUUGGCUCCAGCUCCCCCGUGACCCUCGUGAGGAUAAGUGACUCGGAAAAAUGAAUGAAUGAAUAUAAAGAUUCCUCUCACCCAAUGUUGUUUUUGUCAUCAAUGACGAUAAUGAAAAUAUUUCGAUGACUAUCUAAGAACGUGGCUUGGGAGACUAGAACAUGACACAUGCCAAUUUUUGUCUGACGAGACAAAAAUGCGACAGUUUCUGUCCUAUGUUCACAGUGCAUGACAUUUUCAUAUUGUACGUGGAGUAAUUUCUUUCUAAUUUCUUUGAGGCCUCAUGAGGCGUAUCAACACAGUGACACACUGUGUCAUUGAAUACUGACACCUGCUGGACAUUAACCUGCAGGCAACCGACUUAACAGACUGACACUGAAUUGAUGACCUAGCAUGUAAUAAAAUCAUUUGACUUUGCAUUCCUAUUGCAUUAUUUCAUAUCUUUAUACUAUGUGAACAGUAAUUAUAAUGUGAAAAUCUAAGCAUGAAUGAGAAUGCUUGCAGACUUCUGAUAAAAUUUUGUUUAUAAAAUUGUUUUUCUUUCCAAAUUUAUCCUGCUGUGGACAACACACACACAUGGAACCAACGAUGUCAGCGUCCACAAGAAUCCUUUAGCCAGUUGAAAGAGGUUUGGAUAAUAUGUCCGUUAGCUCCUCCAGUAUUGAAGAGUAUCUGCUUUGCGUGCCAGGUAUCGUUGCACUUCUGCUAUUGCAUCUACAGUUGCAUUACCUCCUUGAUUCCCCACUUCGUCAAUUGCUACAAUAGGCCAUCAGAGAAAAAAAUUAAGUGGACAAUAAAUUAGAGCUUAAAGUGCCAAUGACAGCAAUAAUUAUCAGUAUACAGCUAACACUACAGCAUGCAGAACAACUGUGGAUUCAGCCUAUUUUACGGAUUUCGUUUAUUUUUCGCAUCACGCCAGCCCUAUGUGCUGCAGGCUUUUGUUGCUGCACCAGGGAGAGGUGUGUGAGCCUUUUUGGGUUUCAAAAAGUUCUCGUUAAUGGAUAAUGGCCAAAACAAGUUCGACAACUGUGUGACCAUUGUGAGGUGAGUUAGCUUUAUGUUUUAUGUCAAAUACUGGGAUGAUGGCACACGUUUUAAUAAGGAGAUGGCUUCCAAAUUGUGGGUGAAAAUACUCCGUCCACCGAGAAGGCCACACGGCCGAUGAUAGGCGUGCCCGCUGAGAAUGCGCUUCCUCGGCUUGGCUGUGAGCACCGCCCCGCUCGGACGUCGGCCGGUUUGGCUGGCCGAUCCAGCCCACUCGGUCCUGUUUGCGUGCCCGCCGAGAAUGCGCUUUCCUCGGCUUGGCCACGAGCAGACGACCGUUCCGACAUCGGCGGUCAUUCUCCAGCUGCUUCCCCGGCAAACAAGCUCUCCUGUCCGCAGCAGGGAAUCGACGAAGUGUAACUUGCUCGCUGCCGAGGGGGUGGGGGUUGAGGUUUGCCGAUCAGUGAAGACAACUAGCUGUCAGGCCUACUGGUUUGUUUACACUCUCCGAAAUGGCAAGGAAAUGAAAAAAGCCGGACUAACUCCGGUGGCAUAAAAUAUCGUUCGGGAGGCACAAGAAGUGGACAGAGUAAUUUUGUUAUGUUGUACUGAAUAAAUGCAUUUGUAAUAUUUCAUAUUCCAUUUAGCAAAAGACAUUUCUCAUGACCAUACCAUUUAUCUAGCAAUUGGGGAAAAAUACUUCGAAAAAAGAAUAUCCUGUAAGAAUAUUGGAGAGAUUGAAACAAUCAUGACAUUUUGCUGCUCUGUGUUGUAUUUUCCUCGUUCUGAAUAUUCCCUCUCAAUGGGUUGAAUUAUAAAUCAGAUGAAAUAAUGCUGACGUCAUCCUCCAGCUGGGGACGCUAGUGCGCUAUAGACCCUACUCACCUACGUCACAAAAUGACGUGUCGCUGUAUCCGGCCACCAUAUUGUCCGUAUUUUUUAGACCUAUUCUCAUUGUUUUCAAUUAGUCGUGCAAGUUAUACAGCAAUUCAUGGAAGCCCCGGUGUUAUCUGACGCUGUAAACUCAUUGGAUGCGUUGCAUAAAAGGCGUUAUGUGGAAAAGCUUCAGUUCAUCCAUUCGCCAGAUCCAUAUUUGAUGCCUAAAUCGAUGUUUUUCGACCCGCUGUCUUCACCGUCUUUGCCUGACAUCUGCUUCCCUGAUAUUUACAACUAUCUUGUCCACACAAAAUCAGCCUAUUCUCACGAAAGUUUGGAAAAACUUAUAAAUACUUCAUUGCUGGUUGGGUGAAACAGGUCCUCGUCCACGAAAAUUCGGCAGGAAUCUGUCUUGUGCUUGGGAAGGUGAGUUACGAAACUUUCAAUUCAAAAUCUUUUGUUCUUGCUAACAUCCACUGUCAAGUCUAAUGUAUUUCAUGUCAUUUGUCAAUGGAGCUAGGGCUUUUAAUGUUUAUAUGGUUUAGCGACCGCACUCUCACUACAUACAUAUAUAAUAUGUAAUAAAUAUGAAGAGUGAUAGCACUACUCCAGAUUGUCCCUAGUUGAAUUUAUUUUUUGGCUUUGGACCUCAAUAGUGAAAUUGUAAAUUAAUCGUAUGACAACUGUCUUAUUAUCCCCUUAUAUAUUUUCAGGUAGUUCAUUCACAACGUCUGAGUGUAUGUUGUCGGCGAUUAGCCUAGCAAUGGUCUUAAUUGUGGUUGUCAGGCCAAAACCCUCUAAAUAUAUAUUAAAUGCAUCUUACCAGAUAUAAAAUGACCACUACAUAAUCUGUGGUAGUCGUUUGGAGCCCAGUUAUCUGGUCGAAUUGCAGCAGUCCAUCUCGCUCUCUUCUCCGGGUCUCUCGGAAUACGGUAAAACUUCAAGUCUCUCCAUCUUCUCCGUUUUAGCAACCGACCGCCACACACGACUUCACCAUUUUGAAUAUUAAUGUUAACGAGCAGAAAAACAUGCCAUAAUAGGAGGAAUUUAUGAAGGGCUAAUGCAUUAACAUGACGAGUAAGACGGACAACGUGGCGCGGGGGCGUGGCUGUGACGUCACGUGAGUAGGGUCUAUAAUGACAGGCGGGUCCAAACGGCAGAUUAAAAGACUAAUUUCUCGUCAUCUGCCCUUUACCAAAUUGUUGUGUAUAGUCGAAUCGUCUCAAAAUCCUAUUCUAAUUCACAUAAUAAUGCUAUUUAAGAUUUUUUUUAUGCUGUCACAGGCACUUUAAUUAAAUAAAUUAUCAACAAAGCUAAUGUUGGAAAGUAAAGAAAUGGCUUAUGAUUAUUAUGGCUUAGGUGAUUAGCCUUGGUGUAUGAGAAACUUCAUUCUCAUGAUUGGCCCAAUAACGCCUCAGCAUUGAGGAGGUGGCUACUGUUUGUGUAUGACUGGUUGAAAGUACAAAUGUGAUGGAUGUGAUUGGGCGCGCUCGGGUGGGGGGCCCCGGUGCCGCCAUUUGGCAGCGUAGGGUCGGUUGCAGAUAGGUUUACACUCACAAGGGAUUCACACAAUUAGUGGUUUCGAGAUUACAGAGCUGAUUUGUGUACACUUCACCCCUCCCAAUCACUUACCUUAAAGACUACCCCCCUCUUCCUAGUCAACAGGCCCCCCACAUGGUGUCAACUAGAAAUACAUCCAGCUGACGAUAGCGCCAACAUAUUCAUAGUUAGUGUAGGCGUUCAAUGUAUUUGUUUUUUUUCUUUUCUUGUGUUUCGUUUCUUCUGUUCUCUCAAAAACCCUUCCUGUUCGCUGCUUUGUCAUAAUAAACGAGGCAUGUUGAAUGAUCGCAGUGGGAGUAUGUCAUACUCUCAAUGUGAAACAUUAAAACUGUUCAGACCAACCCGACACUUAGACUUCCAUUCUUUGUGUCAAACAGCUGAACGGGACAGGUUUUAAAAAAAAAAAAAAAAAAAAAAAAAAAAAAAAAAGUACAAAUGUGACAUUCCACUUGCAAAAAAAUAAUGCUCUUAAAAUGAUAUUUCAAUGGAAUAUGACAAGUCAAAAAUCUGAGACAAACCUGGUGAAGAUUUAAAUAAAUACCUUAUUCUCCAAUGAGAUCUAAAUUGUCCCACAUGGCUGACAACUUGCGGUUUUCCUGUGUUUG